GUAGUUUUUUUUACUGAACACAGUGAGACGUGAAGUGGGUUGACGUCGCCAUGACAAGUCGAAAGGCUUCACAUCUAAACCGGCAUAAUGAGGACAAAUAUUCAGUUUUAUUGCCUACCUACAACGAAAGAGAAAACCUGCCUCUGAUAGUGUGGCUUUUGGUGAAGUAUUUUGAUGAAAGUGGUUACAACUACGAGAUUAUUGUAAUUGACGACGGAAGCCCAGAUGGGACACUGCAGGUGGCGGAGCAGUUGCAAAGGAUUUACGGAGAAGACAAAAUACUUCUACGUCCUAGAGCGAAAAAGUUAGGACUGGGCACGGCCUACAUACACGGCAUGAAGCAUGCCACUGGCAACUUCAUCAUCAUAAUGGAUGCAGAUCUCUCUCAUCAUCCCAAAUUCAUCCCAGAAUUGAUUGCAAAACAGAAGGAUGGUAAUUAUGACCUGGUCUCUGGUACACGAUACAAGGGGAAUGGAGGUGUUUACGGCUGGGAUCUGCGCAGGAAAUUUAUCAGUCGGGGAGCCAACUUUUUGACUCAAGUGUUGUUAAGGCCUGGUGCUUCAGACCUCACAGGCAGUUUCAGGCUAUACAAGAAGACGGUGCUGGAGAACCUGGUGAAGCGAUGUCUGUCGAAAGGGUACGUUUUUCAGAUGGAGAUGAUAAUCCGCGCCCGAGAGCUCAACUACACAAUUGGCGAGGUUCCCAUUACCUUUGUGGAUCGAGUUUAUGGAGAGUCCAAACUAGGCGGGAACGAGAUUCUGUCAUUUGCAAAAGGACUGCUCACACUCUUCGCCACGACAUGAUGAUUUGUGGCGUGCCCAGUCUUGGACAUCCCACAGUCACGUCAUACCCCUCUCACUCAUCAGGUUGCCGUCUUAAUGCAGUGGUUACAUCAGAAUUGUGACGAAACAGAAAUGCUCGUGCCCGUGGUCAGAUUGUGACUUGAUGGCCAAUGACAAGAUGCCUCACUCGCUCCUGUUAGCAGCAAAUGUACAGUCACCCCCCAACAGUUGUCCACAGUACUGAAAGAACAGAGUGCUUUACAUUCCUCUUCAACCAUCCUCUAAUGAAUUUUGAACAAAGCGCAGUGUCUCAUCAUUCCCUACACAGACAGCUGACUGGACUUUGCAUUAAAACAGUUGUCAAAAUGAUCUAACUGCACAAUUACCUGGUACAUCUUGGAUUGUUUUUACAAAAUUAAACAGCUUAUAUUGUU